AUGCCUCUGGAUACCUCGACAACAUACCCGCUCACGAGGCUGCGCCUUGACGGCCGUCGCUGGAAUGAGCUUCGUCUCCUUCAAGCCCAGAUCUCCACCAACCCCGCCAGCUCAGGCUCCUCAUAUCUCUCCAUGGGUAACACAUCAAUCAUGUGCUCUGUCCACGGUCCCGCUGAGGGCCGUCGCGGCGAUGGCGCUGCAGGAAGCGGCCAAGCGAUUGUGGAGGUAGAUGUCAACGUUGCCGGGUUUGCGGGCGUGGAUCGCAGGCGCAAGGCCGGAGGAAGCGACAGACAAUCAACCCGGAUUGCUUCAACCCUGCGCUCAGCCUUCCAGUCUCACCUACACACCUACCUCUACCCUCACAGCACAAUCAGUAUUCACGUUUCCAUUCUCUCGGCCGAUGGGUCCGUUCUCGCGGCCGCCAUUAACGCCUGUACCCUUGCCCUGGUCGAUGCCGGUAUCCCCAUGCCGGGCCUUCUCACUGGCUGUACUGCUGGUAUGAGUGGAAGUGCUUCUACACCGCGCGACCCGCGACACGACGAACUGGACCCGCUGCUUGAUGUUGCGCUGCCCGAAGAGCAAGAAUUGCCAUUCCUUACGGUCGGGACAACGACUGUUGUGCCUGUUGGCGAGAAUAAUAUGGACGAAGAUGAAGAGACGAUGAAGGUUUCCGUAUUCGCCAUGGAGUCCAAGGUUCAUUCGACAUAUCUGGAGACUAUGACUGCUGUGGGCAUUGACGGAUGCAGUCAAAUCCGGGAGUUGUUGGAGGGUGUUAUCAAGUCCAAAUGA